UCUGGACGGCGGCGAUCAUGUGCUACAAGCCGUCAGGGAGCCGCCGAAGAGGAAGUGCGGCAUGUUUUCGUUUCUCUCGGUUCCUCCGCUGGGGAAGAUGAAAGGCGCAAACAGAGAGGCGGCGGCCACACGGGGGGGCGACGCUGAGGGGGCCGCUUGUGCCUGAAUCCUGGAGCGAGGAGGGGGGAAGAGAGGGACCCGCGAGAAUGGAGGCCCUGGAGUGGGACCCGCUGAACAACGACACCUCGCCGCCCACCCUGAGCCCCGCCGUGCCCCCCUACGUGAAGCUGGGGCUGACCGUCGCCUACACGGUUUUUUACUCGCUCCUCUUCGUCUUCGUCUACGUCCAGCUCUGGCUGGUCCUUCGCUACCGGCACAAGCGGUUCAGCUACCAGACGGUCUUCUUGUUCCUCUGCCUCCUCUGGGCGUCUCUGCGGACGGUGCUCUUCUCGUUUUACUUCAGAGACUUUGUCACCGCCAACUCGCUCAGCCCUUUCGCCUUCUGGCUCCUCUACUGCUUCCCCGUCUGCCUCCAGUUUUUCACGCUGACGCUGAUGAACCUUUACUUCACGCAGGUGAUUUUCAAAGCUAAAUCAAAAUAUUCACCAGAACUUCUAAAAUACAGGUUGCCUCUCUACCUGGUGUCCUUCUUCGUCAGUCUGCUUUUCCUGCUGGUGAAUCUGACAUGUGCAGUGCUGGUAAGAACUGAGAAUUCAGAAAGGAAAAUCAUCGUAUUAGUCAGAGUGGCGAUCAACGACACACUGUUUGUGCUGUGCGCCAUCUCGCUCUCCGUUUGCCUUUACAAGAUUUCCAAGAUGUCCUUAGCAAAUAUUUACUUGGAGUCCAAGGGUUCAUCUGUAUGCCAGUUAACGACCAUAGGAGUGACAGUUAUACUACUUUAUACCUCAAGAGCCUGUUACAAUCUGGUUAUUUUAUCGUUUUCUCAAAACAAGACAGUGAAUUCUUUCGAUUAUGAUUGGUACAAUGUCUCUGAUCAGGCAGAUCUGAAAUGCCAGCUGGGUGAUGCUGGAUAUGUAGUAUUCGGAGUAAUCCUGUUUGUAUGGGAGCUCCUUCCCACUUCCUUGGUGGUGUUCUUCUUCCGUGUUCGGAACUCUACAAAAGAUCUAACAAAUCCAGGAAUAGUGCCGUCUCAUGCAUUCAAUCCAAGAUCUUAUUUCUUUGACAAUCCUCGUAGAUAUGACAGUGAUGAUGAUUUGGCAUGGAGCAUAUCACCACAUAGCAUACAUAGCAGUUUCUCUCCUGAAUACUAUGACUGGGGGCAUCAAAGCAAUAACUUCUUGGCUCAUGUUGGAUCCCUGCAGCAUGAUUAUGUGCCAGAGACUGAAAGACCAAGCCCAAUAUAACACCAACCCAACGACAUUUUUUCCUUUGUUCGGCAUUAAUAGCAGGGCAGAAGUUGCAGAAGUUUUGCACAACUCAUGGGAAAGUAUGGAAAAGACAGACUCCUUUAUGAAGCCAUACUGUUAUUACAUUUUCUUUGCAAGAAGUGGCGUUCAGGCUAUGAUCAUGCAGAUAUUUGCAUGUGUACUUAAAUUACAUGUAGGAGAAUUCUCACUGAAGUCAGUGCCUCCUUUUGUAAGGAAGUUAAAAUAUGUGACUUUUUUUUUUACAAGAUUUUGGGUUCAAAGAACAAAUUUGUAUUAUGUUUCAUUAUUUUUAUGUGGGGAGAUACUGCUAAACAUCUAUAGAUUUUUGUCCUUAUGUCACUUUUUAUAUGUACAGAACUAGUCAUUUAUAAUGUCAAUUUCACUUUAUGAAACAAUGUACAGCAUAACAUGUGUCAACAGGAGUUGACCAAGUUUCUUGGACAAUGCUGGUAUGCAAAUAAAAACUGU